UCAAUUAUCGUUACUUUUCCAUAGUAUGUACCUACUAGUGAUCGUUUCUACCUGUGUUUGUCAAUGUAUCUCUCUACCUGUCAUUAAAUGUCGCCCCAUAAUCCAGAGGUCUGGAAAUUAAGUAAAUUGAAAACUAAGUUAAAAAAAAAUGCUUAUUUCUCUUGCAUGUUCUAGUAAACUAGUAAUAAAAUACUCAAACUCAGAUCAACUUAAAAAUUAUACGUGAGACGCGAGAAUACCCGUAACGCCAUCUAUUAGCAGCGGCAAAAUAACUACAUCCUUAUAAAUGUACAACACGGCAUUCUUAACUGAAUAUAUCAUAAUAAUUACAUACAUUUUUUCCAAUGAAGUAUCCACAGACAUGUAUUUUAUUUGUAUUACAUGAAACUACAUCCUAUAUAGCCUUUAAAAUAAUUGGUCGCAUGCUCUGCUACUCGUGCGCAUUAGCUCAACAAGCGGAGCAUAUCGCAAGCGCAGUGACAUACUAGUUCUUCCAGAUCUCUCGAGAUGGCAGCACGCGUGUGUAUAUUGUUUUUGGUGCUGAACGUGGUUUCAGGGCAAAAAAAUGAAGGAAUAAUUGAUCAUUUGAGCAAUGGGAUGAAGUUUGCGAAGGACUUUCUUGGUUCAGAAUCAAUAGCAUUAAAAGUUGCUGAAUUCGUCGUCCGCGCAUUCCAAAACGCCAACCCUCCACAAAUAAACCGACGCAAACCCCUAGAGGGUUACGAAGAUGAAACAGAAAAUUUUGCGCAGGAAAAUAGACCUUAUUCUCAUGUCGAAGAAGCUCCAAGUCCAAUGGCACCGCUGAGGAAAUUGGUGAGGCUGUUUGGCUUGCAGCCCAAUCAGAUUAGUGCCGUUGCUGUCAAUGCUUUGGUUUUUGUUGCACAAAUGAUAUCGACCUUCCUCGCCGGACCGAAAAGGUCUAACCGCCCAUACCGUUACGACGACACAACCCAAUGGAUCCUGAACAAAAACUCCCGGAAACUGCAGGACAUCCUCGCUACAGCCAAGAACCAAUCACUCCCUGACUUGUUAGAAGACAUCGUGGAAGAACAAAGCCAGGGCGAAGAAGCUAGUUGUAUUAAACUUCUUGUUUGUAAAAUAACUCCGUUUGUGACCAAAAUGCAGACUGCUGUAUUUGGAGAAAGCAAAAUAAACGAUAGCGAUAAAGUUCCAGGCGCAGAUAGUAUGUAUCGCCAUCUACCGACGAGUAAUGAAAUUGAAGAUCGCAGCGCCAUCUGUGAGCAAAAGCAUCGAGACUGUGAUUUAAAUGAAUGAAAAUGGGAAGUUUGAAUAACUUAUUAAAAAUAGUAUAAAAGUCUGCGUUGAAGAUACUCCAGAGGGUCUAGCCAAGAUGAGUAUCAUUGAUAGAAAACACCAGGCGAGGGUUUUUCUAUUGGUUUGACGUUUAUUGAUGUGCGAUUGACAUCUUGGCUAGGCCCGCAGUGCUUUAUAAUAAUGUAGUAUUUAAAUUCUAAAUCAAUUUAAAAUAACAUGUUUGCUAAUACUUAUAUUAAACAUUUAAUUUAAU